CAAAAAUUUUUCGAUUUUUCAAAUGGGAAACCAAACAGAAAUUAAUCAAAACAAGACUGAUGUUCGUGUAAAACUUGAACAAAUUCAGCAUCGUUCAAAUCGUAAACGUUUGGCACCUAAAAUUGAAGAAGAAAUUGUUGAGGAUAUUGUUGUUGAUGACAUACCUGAAACCCAUUAUGAAGAGGCUGUUCAAGAGGAGAAGGAGGAGGUUGAAUUUACUAAAGGAUGUACGUCUAAGGGUUUCGUUUGUAUUUGGUAUAAAGGCUAUCGAUACUUGAGAUUUGGAAAACAGAAUAAGUCUUAUUGGCGUUGUAGUAACCGACUAUGUAAAGCAAAAGCUUUGGCAUUAGAACAAGAAGAUGGUAAAAUUAUUGGAGGACUUAAAGGUACACAUAAUCAUAUGCCACAACCAGAGCAAAGAUUGGUGGAAAUUAAACGACAAGAAUUAAAACAACGUGCUAGAGAAGAGCCUUCUUUAAGUUGUUCAAAGCUUAUUGCAAGUAUUCGAGCUGGCUGUGAUGAUGAAACUUUUGUGGCUUUGGGAUCGGACCAUACUCUUGCAAACAUGGCUUUAAGAGAAAAAGCAAGGCUUUAUGGAAAAGGUAUUACAAAAAAGGGUGUCGAUAUUACGUCUAUAAAAUUACUACCUUCAUUGACGGAAAGAAAUGGACAAUCUAUAUUUUUGUAUGAUUCAAGGACUGCUCGAGCUCGUGAUAAAGAUGCAGUUUUUGUAUUUGCACAUCCUUAUAUGCUUCAACAACUUGCUGGUCAAACUACCUGGACAAUUGGUUCAUCUUUAAAAUUGGCCCCAGCUCCUUUUAAACAUUCUUUUGUUAUUGGAGUAAUUGUCAGAAGCCAAUUAAUUGUUGCAGCCCAUGCACUUUUGACUGAAAAUUCUGAGCAAUCCUAUAUUGAAGCUUUGGAUGCUGUUUCUGCUGCUGUUAGGCCAACAAAGCCUAGAAAAAUUAUUACUGACUUUGAGGAUAUAAUGGUUGUAGCAGUACAAAAAGUUUUUCCAGAAACUCAUUUAAGUGGAUGUUACUUUCGAUUUGCUCAGGAAUUGUUUAAAAAAUGGGCUGAAUGUAAUCUUGGAAAUAUUUAUGGAGACGAUAAGGGUCAAACUGGAAAUAUUGCGAGGAUGACAUUUCGUCGUUUGAUCUGUCUUGCAUUUAUUCCACUGGCUUACGUUAACCAAGCUUUCUACAAAAUUGUUGAAGCAGCUAAACUUCCACAACUAGCCGAAUUCUUUUUUUAUUUCAAGCAGAAUUUUAUUGGACUAACAGAGCAUGAGUUUAGAAUGAAGGCGGCUGCUUUUGGUUCGAAUUUUGUACAAAAUUUAGUUUAUUCGACGUCAGAAGGGGAACAUGUUUAUGAAGAAGGAACUGUCGGCUAUCAAAAUUAUUCUCAACAUAUACGCUAUGAACUUCCUCCACAUUCUUCCUCAACAAUUAUUGUAGCAGAUCACUCACCUGCAUUUAUUCAGCCUUUACGUCAUCGUCCUUAUUGUUCUUUGGAAUUUUGGAAUAUUAAUGAUAGAGCAUCAACUGCUAUACUCAAUGCAAAUUCUGCUUUGGAUAUGGCACAACUACAGCUGAAGCAAGCUUCAAAACUCCUCCCUUCCUUGCCCGAUUUUAUUCUUGCACUUUGGGACGAUUUUGAGAGACAACGAGACUACAUUCGUGCAGUAACCAUUACAAGUACUUCUAAAAAGAAAAAUGUUCGAAAACAUGCGAUAAAGGAAGAUUUGGUUGUAAAUACUUUAAAUGAGGCUUCCUACGAGACAGACCAAGCAAUUUUGAAUACUUUGGAUAUUUUGUCUCAUCAUGUUCAAGGUUAUGUAAAUGGUUUAUAUGUUGAUGUUAAUGAAGAUGGAAAAUCUGGUGAUGAUUCUAUUGAGUUUAAUGAGGGUUUGAAAAAGACUAUUAGUGGUGGUGGACGUAAGAAACCAAAACCAAGUACUUCUAGUUAUCGCUAA